GUGCAACAGAUGCAGUCCUUGAGAUUGGCGAUGGGAAAGUUAGUCGGUGAGCAACCGUGGUGACGGCCGGUCGGCUCCACGAUGAUCGUAAGCGCGUACGCAGUGAAAGUUCGUUAGGCUGCGAAAUGCGGUUUGCUAUCGCCUUUCUGUUUGUGGCGACAUGGACAGCAGGGCAGAGCGCGGGGUUCGACUACUCGUCGGCGUGUGCGCGGCCCAACCGCGGCAGCCGCGGCCGCGCCCUGCCCGACGCCCCCUGCGACCUCUCCAAGCACAACUACUGCACCACGCCCGGCAAGAACUACCCCUGGCAUUCCAUCAGGAGAUUCGUUAGGGAGAAUCAGGGCCUGAUGAGGAGAAUGUACGGAGAGGAACGUCAAAUAUCAAUAAUAAAAGCAGAAUUAGAAAACUUCAUAGAGGAUGAAGAUGACGAAGACUUUGACGGGAAAUCAGCAGACUUUGCAGAGGACAUCAUCAAAACCAAGAUGAUGUACACCAAAAUGAGUCAAGGACGUGCCAUGAGAGACAAACCACACUUCAGACCAAUCAAUAGCGAGAAGAACAAAAAACUAGACAAUGACACACUCAAAGUGAAACCUUUAGAUACGAACCAAACAAAAAUGAGCAACACGGACAACGGCACCAAAACUGAGAUGAGCAACGAAACGGUAAAUGAAAAAGGUAUAUCAUAUAAAACAAAACUUGAAAGCAUAGCGAAUAUAGAAAUAAAUAACUUAGAACCAGAUGUUAUUACUUUAGAGACUGUUAUAAAACAAAGUAUUGAAACUAAUAGCAUAUACCCAAAGUUUUCCGGUAAUACUAAAGUUGAGGCGGUUAGUGAGUCAAAGAAUAGUACAGACAAAAAUGCGACUACUACAGAAAGUAUUAAUACUACAGAGACUACAACUGACGAGUAUGACUCUACGACAGAAGCGGGGAAGGACGCCUGGCGACCGAUGAACGUUGACACCUCGACGUUACCGCCGACGCUCCUGUUCUCGGAGCAUGAGAAAGUCAAGAUAAGCGACCGGAUUGAUACUAAAGUGUCAGAUAAGAAGGAGGAGUUCCACCCAAAGCCGGUACAGCAUCAGGAGACAAUGAGGCCGUCCGUCAUCAAGUUACGAGGAGCUAACGCGUGCGAGUCGAAGGAGCAGAUAGCGGCUCCAUUCUGGGCAAACAGCACACGCGGCGAGCAGCUGGCGUUGCUGAACAUGUACCCCUACGAACAGUACAUACACCUGGAGACCUGCGUGCACGAGCGCAAGCAGAUGUACUGCCGGGAGGGAUGCAGAUGUGAGCAACAGUUCCGUCUGCACCGACUCUUAGCGUACGACCCUCGCAACGAGUGCCGUGGCAUCUUCGCGGAGUGGUUCAAAUUCCCCUCCUGCUGCGUCUGCAAGUGUUACGACGUGCCUCUGGAGUUCCGCGCCAGGUCUCCCAGGAUACUGCACCCGCAGUACGACGAGGAAGUCAAGAGGGUCAUCUAUGAAGACGUGGCGAGAGAUUGGUAUUCCAUGUCGGCGUAUGGCGACGAAGAUGAUUUGUUUUAAUAUUUAAUUUCAAUCAGACUGACUACAAAAA